UGUUGCCGCCGUCGGUCGGUGUCCAACAGCGGCGGCAGCAGCAGCAGCAGCAGCAGCAGUAAGUGGGAGCUGUGAUGGCAUGUGUUGCAGCGGUGAUGUUAACGGACAACGGUCAACUUUACACCUGAGGACAACAAAACGGGAGACCCAGUUGGAGUCCCGAGAUUAUGUCCGGAGCUCGUUGUGCUGCUGUGGAGAAAAGUUUACCAGAAGUAGGGAUACAGUUACAGCAACGGCGGUAAAAUGGCGGAGCGCAGCGCCUGCGAUGUCAACAUCCUCAGCAUCCCGGUGCCCAUCCGUCGCGGCGGCUCGGAGUCCAACCUGGACGUGGUGGACAGCGUCGGGGAUGACGGAGUGGGGCUGGAUUUCACCAAGGGAGCGCUGGGUAUCGACAGCCUGCAGCAGAAGAUCCUCAAGGUGACGGAGCAGAUUAAGGUGGAGCAGGCGGCUCGGGACCAGAAUGUGGCGGAGUACCUGAAGCUGGUGAACAACGCCGACAAGCAGCAGGUGUCACGUAUCCGCCAGGUGUUUGAGAAGAAGAACCAGAAGUCGGCGCAGACCAUCGCCCGGCUGCAGAGGAAGCUGGAGCAGUACCACCGUCGCAUGAAGGACAGCGAGACCAACGGCAAGCACAGCCACAAGGAUGGCAGCAGCAAGGAGUCCGGGACUCACAGCAAGGAGGGCAGCCUGCGGGACGUCAGCGCCACCGGGCGCCACCCGGCGCUGGAUAAAGUGAAGACGAUCGGACCCGGCGUGUCGCUCUCGCCGCCGUUCUUCUUCAACAAGUCGCGGGAGUUCGCCAACCUCAUCAGGAACAAGUUUGGCAGCGCCGACAACAUCGCCCACCUCAAGAGCUCCAUGGAGUCGGGGUCAGGGCUGCAGGUGGAGGGCGGGGCGAGGGGUCUGAGCGGCAGCGCCACCACAGUAGCCAAGACCACCAAGUACCAGAGCGACGACGAGUGCUCCACCGGGACGUCCGCAUCCGCUGACUCUAACGGGAACCCGGCGGGGGGUUCGGGGGCAGGGUCCGGGGGUCCUGGGAGGUCGGACUCCAACGGGCGUCUGGGGGAGGUGCUGGACAUUGUGCGGGAGAUCAGGGAGGCUCAGGGACAGCUGGCCGAGGACAUGGAGACUAUGAACGCACAGUUCAAACGAGACUACAGCUACUUCACACAGGUGCUGCAGGAGGAACGAUACAGGUAUGAGCGGUUGGAGGACCAGUUAAAUGACCUGACAGAGCUGCACCAGCAUGAGACCAGUAAUCUGAAGCAGGAGCUGGCCAGUAUUGAGGAGAAGGUGGCUUAUCAGGCCUAUGAGAGGGCCAGGGACAUACAGGAGGUCCUGGAGUCGUGUCAGACCCGUGUGUCGAAGCUCGAGCUGCAGCAGCAGCAGCAACAGACGGUUCAGCUGGAAAACACUGACGCGAAGGUGCUGCUGGGGAAGUGCAUCAACAUCAUGCUGGCCAUCGUCACCGUGAUCCUGGUGUGCGUCUCCACGGCGGCCAAGUUCACCGCCCCGCUGCUACGUAGCCGCCUCCACCUGGCGCUCACCUGCGUGGGCGUGUCCCUGUUAGCGCUGCUGUGGAAGAACUGGGAACAUCUGCAAUGCGCUUUGGAACGAUUGCUCCUCCCGCACUGAUCCACACUGGACGACAAAAUGAGACCAGAAAGACUUUGUCCAAACCCUGGAGUCCAGGUCUCCCAGGAGGUGUGUUGUCAUGGCAACACAAAAACUGGGGAGGAGUUUACAUGUAGCCUUACACCAGCCCCAGCUCCCCAGCAAUUUUGGGCUUCACGUCGACUUGAUUUAUGGCUUUGUGCUUUGCAUGUCUAAAUUGGGUCCACACAGAUCCACAGUAAUUCCAACCAACAACACACAGAUGUAAGCUGAUAUACAACUGAACCAGUGCGACAAAGCUCUACUACGAAUGCUCAAGGUGCAAACACACACACAUGGCACGAAGCUGCCAUAAAGGUAAAUCACUACACUCAGAACAAUCAGACAAAAACAGGAUAAAUCAGCUGGAGUUGAUCAGAUAUGAGCUAUUUUAUCGGCUCCUCUGGUCGUCAGGAGACUCUGGAUCGCACCUACAGACACUAAAGUCUAAAUAUAAACAAGUGGGCUUUUAUUGCGGCGUGGACAUACAGUGAUUAUUCUGUGUCCUUAAAGGGAAGAGCACCUGUUACAGCACCACCUCACACCUCUAAACAAACACUCGCUGGCUGUGUGUGCGUAAUGCCAGUCGAUCCGUUUUGCCUCCUUGUACACCAGCCAGCUGUCACUAACAACAAAGACACAUCCACCUGAAGGUUGAUUUGUGUUGUGUGUCUGUACUACACUGUAUUUAUGUGGUGUUUUUUCUUGUCAGUGUCUCAUUCAAAAGGACAAUUUUGAAGCCUGGGACACGUUGUUUUAAGCCGUGGUUGUGUUUGUGUCUGUCUGAGUGUGUCAGUCUGUGUGUUUGCGUACUGUACGCCUGCUUGUGUG